CUGAGUUUCAAGUCUCAAGCUUUUUGAGAUCAACCAGCUUAAAUCAAAAUACCCAGAACCAGAAAAGUAACGCAGUAGGAGAGCAAAACUAGAGAUAUUUUCUUCCUUGAAAAUUGUACUGUAGCUUUUUUUUUUUGUAAAUUGAAAGGUGAAUUGGGAUAGGGGGACCAGCUUCCUGGUUAGUAUCUGAUUCUCCAAUGGAUUCCGAUUUCUGGACCCCCCGUCUCGCGGCUGCCAAGCGCCAAUACACGAUGCAGCACCAUAACAACAGCUCUCAUUUGGAUCGUUUGAGCAUCGAUGAUUUCGAGGUAGACGACGAGAUCCGACCCGAUUUCCCAUGCCCGUAUUGUUACGAGGAUUUCGACAUCGCCUCUUUGUGUUCGCAUCUCGAAGAUGAGCACUCGUGCGAGUCAAGAGUUACGGUUUGUCCCAUUUGCUCUGUCAAAGUUUCCCGAGACAUGCUGAAUCAUAUAACACUGCAACAUGGACAUUUGUUCAAGAUAUCCUUAACAAUGGAAAUUUUUCUUUGCUUGGUCUUUUUCUUAGUAAUGACUUGGAUACAUUAUGCAUGUCAAACCACUCAGAUUGUGUGUAUUGGCUGAAUUGUCAUCUAGGUUUCCCUUAACUGAAAGAUUACUUGCAGAGACGUCAUAGGUUACGUAGAGUUGCAAUUCCUAACAGUCAAGCACUGUCUCUCCUUGGCCGUGAUCUGCGUGAGGCUCAUUUGCAAGUACUUCUAGGUGGAGGUGGUGGUGGUGGUGGUGGUAGUGGUGGAUAUAGGUCAAACAGUGCUAACGUGUCUUCUGCAGUUACUGAUCCAUUCCUUUCAUCACUUAUUUUGAAUUUCCCUGGAUCUGAAGCAGAAGAGAUUUCAAAGUCUGUUGCAUCAACUGUUGAAGACACCUCUUCAAAGAAUGCAGCACCAGCCCAUAUGUGGAAAUCAAGGUACUGUCUCUGGUUUUCUUUUUUAUUAUUUAGAGCAAACAUGCAUCUUCACCAAUCUUUUCACAUGAUUCUUGGUACUUUAAUUGCAUCAUUAAUAAGAGUUAAGACACAGCAAUUGGUUAUUACUAUGACAUUGUUAAUUCUGUAAACAUAUCCAAGGAGACUGUUUCAAUUAGUGGAAAUGCUAUGACAAAUAACAAUGUAAAUUCAGUCAUCAACUUGGCUGUUGAGCCUUCAAGAUUGUUCAAAUUUCAAAUUAAACUUACACCCAUUCAUGUUUGUUUUCCUUUCUAUUCAAUAAAUUAUUUGCGUCUUAUUUCAAAAUACUUGCUUAGAAGAGCAUUCAUUCUGCAUCAAAGUAUCUCUUCCAUCUUUCCCUCGACAGCCAUGUUUAGCCUGUACAUAUUUGAAUACCAAUUCCUCUAUGUUAUGUAAUAGAAAAGAAGCCUAUGCUGUUUUAGUAGCAGUAUCUUUAAGCAACAAUGGAAUUUGUAAAACAUUAAGUUUAUAUUUUAGCAUCAGUUCACUUUGCUUUCUUUUCUUUUUUCCCUUUUUUGUUCUUACAGUUUCGAUCCAAAUUUGAGUUAUGAAGAGCGAGAAAAGAGGAUGAAGCAGGAUACUGAUAGAGCCGGUUUUAUCCAGGAUCUGCUUCUGUCAACUCUGCAAAUCGACUAACAAAACGUGUAAAAAUAAUGGAAUGAGUUAAUCAAAAUCUUGGAAGUACUUUUAGGUGGGAUUCUAAUGGUUAUAUGAUGUUUGUGAACCUAAUGCAGGUCUCAUUGGAAUGUUGAAGCGGCAAUUGGUUGCUCCAUUAUAAGUUCCCCAUCUGUAACUCAUUUCUGAACCAGAAAACUACUGGAAUUAUGUAACUAUCUAGUUUAUGCUCAAGUUUAAUGUAUGAGGUGCUUAGCUGCUUGUUACAUUACACCAUCCAAUGCAAAAUCUGUGCCAUUAUAUCUGUUGUUUCCAGCAGAAAUGUACAUGAUCGAAGAGAUGACUCGAAAUUUUAUCUGCUAAUUUAGAAGAAGAAAUGCUUGUUCUAUGA